AUGAAUCAGGAAGGGGGAAAUGAAAGUGAAAUAGAAAGAAAGAAAAACGACAAUGAAGAAGGCGAGGGGGGUGAUGAGAUUAAAAAAGAAAAUUCCGACAAUAGAAAUUGUGGUGGAAAAGAACAAUCGCAAAACACUUUAUAUUUAGUACCAGUGGAAAACGAAGUUUUAUAUCCAGUAGAUACGUAUGAGGUUCCAAUAGUAUAUUACCUA